AUGUUUUCGCCAGUGCUACUCGCAAUCGUCGCCGUAUCUUGUUCGGCAGACUGCCUAUCUGGUGGUAAUGCUAAUGUUACUAGUAAUAAGGAAUUUAAUAUACAAGUUGGUGGUAGCUCUGCAUGCACUACUAAUUCAUGGAUUUACGUUUCUUUCCCUUGCGGGAAGACACUUACUUUCAAACAGAAAAUUUCAACCUCUCCCACUAGUAGUCCGCUAACUUUUAACUGUAGCCACUUUUAUUCGUCUACCAAUGAUCCCAAUUUGCUUUGUGAUUUUUAUCAGUGUCGGUCAAUUGAUGGUCAACCCGCCGUUAAAGCCACUUAUAACACUACGCAAAACGCUAAGCUGAAGGCAGGAGAACUUGUUAAAAACGAAGAAAAAACUCUCACCCUUAAGAUCACGGGGGAUCUGACUCCACCUGAGGAGACCGACACCAAGGAUAAGAACCUCCUCACUAUCGUGAUCAUCUCUGUGGUCGUGAUUAUCGUCCUUGUCGUCGUCUUCGUUGUGUUCUGCAUACUUUGUAAAAAGAAGAGGACGCAGACGAACGCUGACGCCGCGCAGAAGAUCGACGCCGCGUACAGAGAGCACCCGAAGAACGAAAUGCUCAUAGACAUCGUCAGAACGCAGAAGCGGUAUGACGACUCAGAAAACACAGACGAGUUCUACCUAAACAUCGGCGACUCGGGGGCCCUCGCCGUCGCUUCAGACAAGAUCAAAACUAGGGGCCCCAAGCAUGGAGGGUCUUCCCGGUCCAAGGCCAAUAGGUCGCACACUAUAGAGAGCGAAGACGGUAGCUUUAUGAUAUCUGACGGAAAGAUGCGUAGCUCAUCUCGAGCUUCCUUCCACGAUGAAAGCUUUACCAUAAACCGCGUCCUCAAGCCGGCGACGGGGAACCUUGACCUUACAGACAGUGACUAG